UCCAAGAAAACAGAAUUUUUUUUUUUAAGUUUUCAAUAUCCUCCACACAUUCAUCACAUAACCUUAUCUUGAUCACUUUAACAAAACCUCAUCAAACUAACAAAUUUUCAGAUUUUUUUCACAAAUGCAUUGUUCAUUUCUACAACCCCUUUUGCUCCCUCUUGAUCACUCCCUCUACCACCAUCAUCAUCAUCACCACCGCCGCAGUCGCCGCGAUAAAUGGCCACCAAAUUUGGGCUCACUGUAACAACAAACACACACCUUUUUCAUGCACCUUUUAGGAAAAAACCAAGUUUUUCUCCAUCUUCAAAGGUUCAGUUGAUUGGUUUUGCUGGAAGAAAGUUAUCGAUUCGUCGAGAACUAUUGGUUCUUUCUCCUAAGGCCACUACUGAUCGGCCAGGUCAGGUUAAGGACGAUGAGAUUGAAGACAGCAAAAUCUUGCAGUAUUGUAGCAUUGACAGGAAAGGGAAGAAGUCUCUCGGCGAAAUGGAGCAAGAGUUUCUUCAAGCACUACAAUCGUUCUAUUAUGAAGGAAAGGCAAUGAUGUCAAAUGAAGAAUUCGAUAACCUUAAGGAAGAAUUAAUGUGGGAAGGGAGCAGUGUCGUCAUGCUAAGCCCCGAUGAACAGAGGUUUCUGGAAGCUUCGAUGGCUUAUGUAUCUGGGAAUCCAAUUAUGACGGAUAAAGAGUAUGACAAGCUGAAGAUGAAACUCAAGAGGGAUGGCAGCGAUAUAGUGGUUGAGGGUCCAAGAUGCAGUCUUCGAAGUAGAAAGGUUUAUAGUGACCUUUCUGUCGAUUAUCUGAAGAUGUUCUUGUUAAAUGUCCCUGCUGCUGUCGUUGCUCUUGGAUUGUUUUUCUUCCUUGACGAUUUGACUGGAUUCGAGAUCACUUAUCUCUUGGAGCUUCCGGAGCCUUUCAGUUUCAUUUUCACUUGGUUUGCUGCUUUGCCUUUCAUAUUAUGGCUAUCCUUUACGAUAACAAACGCCAUUGUUAAAGAUUUUCUGAUCUUAAAGGGCCCUUGUCCAAAUUGUGGAACGGAAAAUACUUCCUUCUUUGGUACAAUAUUAUCGGUAUCUAAUGGUGGUUCCAGCAACAAUGUAAAAUGCUCAGGUUGUGGGACGGACAUGAUCUAUGAUUCAGAGACACGUUUGAUCACGUUGCCUGAAGGAAGCAGUGCAUGAUUCGAGGAUGAUUUGCUUCAACACAGGUUGCAUGGAAGAGACCAUAUGAUGCAGUUUGUGAAAA